AUGGUCAAAGACACUUCGGCCCGAUAUCAGUGGCAUACACAUACCAACAGCGGCACCCGUGAACCCAUUCGACUCACUACCAAUAGCAACAUGGCAACCAUGGAACAUGACAUGACGACCGUUGGAUUGGCACCUGAAGAGAUCCGUAAGCACAUGCGUGAUCCACCUUUGUGCUUUUGCAACAAGAAAGCCCAUCGCUCUGAAACAGCACUUGGGACCAUGUACGAUUGUCACAACUUGCAGGAUGAGAAGGCACAAAAGAUAUGUGGAUUUCAUAUACAUGGAAAAGCUUGGAGUACAUUUCGUGAACGAGGACGGCUGGAUGCAGAUGAUCCUGAAUUAAGCGUGUGUCCCUACUUCAAUUUCACUUUUUGCGUACGUUUUCGAGUGAUCAAUGAUUAUUCCAAGCAAACGUUGGCUGUGCCAAGGUGUUUUUGUGGAUUACGGGUCAAGAUGGCUGAACAGAAUGAUCGAAUUGUAUUCAAAUGUCCCAAUUACGAUAUCGAUGGUGCCAAGCCAAAGUGUGCGUGGAAUCUUUGGGCUGAACAAGUCGCAUUUGGAAAACCACAGCCGCUCCUUCAUGAUUUUGACUCUUUUCGGAACGACGACUGA